AUGGCUCUCCAUAUGAGUGUGAUGGCAUGCAUCCCAGUUUGUAUUUGGGAGUUGCUCAGUGCAACAUUGGCUUGUGGCGCGGACGUAUGCCAGUCGCCGCGCCAGCUUCCAAGGUUUGACAUGCACUGCAUACCUCGACCUCUGUACCAGACUCAAGCUACGGAUGUGCCGUUUGCUCCCCCUGCAUCAAGGUCAAGUUGGCACCGCUUUCUCUUCCGUUUCCCCGAGCUUGUCUUCGCCCCCGCUCAAGGACUGCGGACAUACAUGGCACGACCGAUCGAGAUGCACGCUACGAUACGCAAGCAAUUUAUAUCGAGUGUCUGGCCAGGUUCUCACCGGUGCUCAUCGGCGGGUACAGGCUCCAAGGAUCGCAGGUCCUGA